AGAAAAUAUUGAAACUUUAAUAAGACCUUUGAACCUACAGCUAUAAGAAAAAAUACCUCCAUCGGUUGUCAAGUCUGUCAGCUCAUCAUCUUUGUCCAGCAUGAGUGAAGAGAGAAAAUCUGGAGGUGGCUGGAUACGUUCCUUGUGUUGCAGUAUUCUAAAAGCAGGACAUAUUCCCCAACAUGUGGCCAUUAUAAUGGAUGGUAACCGAAGAUUUGCCCGAAAGAUGCAGUACAGUCGAGUGUUCAUGGGUCAUAUCCAGGGUUUCGAUAAGCUAUUAGAAACGUUAGAGUGGUGUUUAGAUGUGGGGAUAACUGAAUUGACUGUGUACGCCUUCAGUAUUGAGAACUUCAAGAGGUCCAAAGAGGAAGUGGACGGUUUGAUGGAGCUAGCCAAACAGAAAGUCACCAAGCUACUGGAUGAGAGGGACCUGAUCAUGAAGCAUGGUGUAUGCAUCAGAGUGCUGGGAGACCUGGAGCUACUACCUCCUGAUGUCCUUUCCUCCGUCGCUCGUGCUGUCAAUUUCUCCAGGAACAACGAUCGAGCUUUUCUCAAUGUCUGCUUUUCCUAUACCUCCAGAAAUGAGAUGACUCACGCUGUUCGAACAUUGGCCCAGGGUGCAGCCGACGGAAUGAUUCUACCCAGUGAUAUAUCAGAAGAUGUUGUGGAGCGUUGUCUUUAUACCGGAGACUCUCAACCACCUGAUCUUGUCAUCAGGACAUCGGGGGAGAUUCGACUGAGUGACUUCCUCCUGUGGCAGAGCUCCUAUUCUUGUCUGUGUUUCCUUGAUGUUCUUUGGCCAGAGUUUUCCAUUUGGAAUUUCUUCUCUGCUAUUCUUACUUAUCAAAAAAACUACAGUGCUAUUCAGGAAGCAAGAGAGAAUCAUGCACAGAAGCUUGAGGAGAGACUGUACCAAUUGAACAAAGAUUGUGUGUUGGCACAGUUGGAUGAACGCAAUAAAGAUGGAGUGGACUUGGAAGAUUUAGUUUUAGAGUAUGGUAGACAUAGAAAACAGAGAGUUGAACAAUUUAUUGAGCACAUAAGGACAGAACAUAGGUUGUUUUUAGAAAGAGUUAGCCCCAUUUGUUAGCAUUGGUUGUUGUAAAUGAUAUUAUACGUGAUUAAAUUC